AUGGCCCAAUCAAUCGAUCUCUUCAAUCAAUAUCCUCUAACAAUCGACCCGUCAUCUAAAGCGAUUUCCCUCUCCCCGAACGCUACCUCAACAUACACGCCUUCCCAAACAGCUGCCCUGAACGCCGAACUCUCCACCCUCAACACCCUCCACCGCACCCUCCUAAGCCUGGACACCCCAUCCAUUCCCCCGCCCCCAUUACCCCUCAACCCCAAACGCUCCGCGCAAAUCAACAAACUCCGCGACAGCGCUAACAUGGCCUACCGCAAGAACAACUACGCCGAGGCUGUGCGUCUGUACACUUUCGCGCUCGAAAUGGCGCUCGCCCGGCCCGGCUGGGAGCCCGUUGCCGUGGCUAGGGAGGAACUCGCUGCGUUGUAUGGGAAUCGCGCACAGGCGUACAUGUCGCAGCAGAUGUGGGUUGAGGGGCUUGUCGAUGCCAGGGCUAGUGUCGAGGGACGGCCCGUGAAUAAUGUUAAGGCUUGGUGGCGCGGGGGAAAGUGCUUGGUUGAAAUGGGGAGGUGGGAGGAGGCGAAAAGCUUUGUAUCGAGGGGGUUGGAGCUUGAGGGCAAGAACAGUGAGGGCGCGAAAGAAUUAAGUCAACUGUUGACGGAGGUGGAAGAGGGGUUGAAGAGGGAGAAGGGGAGCCAAUAG